CUUAACCGUGGAAGUCAUAUUCUUAUCUAUUUCCAUAUAUAAUCUCAAUAAGCACCCUAAUUUCGUUAUGAACUCUCUCACAAGAACAAAUAUUUUGGCCAUCAUUCUUUUGGAAAGGUAGAGCAAGCCGAAACAAAUCAGCUCUACUUUGCUUUGCCCGUAUACUUCAGUGUAUCCUUACUACACAAUCGUUUCUAACUUACCCAAUAUACCCAUAACUCAACUCACAGAAGCUUUAAAGCCCCCAUUAUGACACGUCUUCACCUCCUCCUGGCUGUAACAAGCCUAUCAGGCUCAGUCCUAGGAGGCGUCCUAUACGGUCACAACCCCCAAUUCAGACCUUGCGCCCCGGGUACCAAGAUAUGCCACGAAGACACUAUCUACCGGUGUAGUACGCAGGGAAAAUGGGUCGGCGACGUCCAAUGCAUAGCCCCAAACCACUGCUUCGAUGACAGGCACACGAAAGACGCCGUGUGUCUGGAUUCGAACGUGGAGCUUAAACGUUCUGCCCCGGCCACGACUCCGGCCCCCUCGCUAUCUGAAGACAUGAAUGACUUGCCCCCUAAGAAGGAUGACCUACCUCUAACGCAGGCAACGACCCCAACACCAACUCUUACGCAAUUCGGGGCGUUCCCGCCGGGAGUGCACCAUACGGGGGACCUUCGGUGCAACGGACCAUGCGAGGAGAUGUGGGACGACAGCGCCGGGUGGCGGGAAGUCGAGCGCUGUAGUGAAUGCUUCGAGGAGCCCGGCGGGGUGGUGAACUGCAUCCCCAUCGAAGCGAACCUGCCGACGCCAACUCCCUGCAAGCCUAACGAGUUCCGCUGCUCAGGCAAGUGGCAGGAAGUCUGUCUCGACGGGUUCCGGUGGGAGAAGUUGCAGAAAUGCUUCGACUGCAGUCAGGACGCCGACGGCGUCGUGGACUGCGUCCCGAACACCCUGCCUUCGCUACCCCCGAGUCCCGUGUGCCAUGAGGGCACUCUGAGAUGCACGGGCAAUUGGCUCGAGAUGUGCGAUAACGAUCGCCAGUGGCAUGCUAUCCAACGCUGUGCUAGGUGCGACGACGACGGCAACGGCCAGACCCUGUGCAUUCCCCGUCCCUCGAUCACAAACGCGGCCGAAACUGCGGCUCCUACUAGGCCUGCGGCGAGCCCGACGGUGCCGAGGAUGACGGCGAUCGCAACCGUAGACAAAGCCCCGGCUCCACCCUCGCCUUCAUUUGAGCUCCCUUCUUUGGCGUCGAGAUCUGUCCCCGAUGUGGGCGUUUCUAAGGAUAACCCUUGCUUCGGGGGCGAGGUGAAGUGUAAUGGCGACCGUGUUAACGUGUGUAUGACUUCGCACACGUGGGAGGAUUUCGGUCCGGUAUGUUGUUAAGAUCUCCCAAUUCCCCUUGAAUUUCCAAACCAUCUUGUACUGAUCCCAUCGUUGUACGUAGUGCCCCAACUGCACGCAGCUCUACAACACCAAGGUUAACUGCACUUGGGACUUCGCAGAGCAGGCCAACCCGAUUAUAUCUCAAUUCACAGCACCACUCCCUGCUCCCCUCGCCCCGUCUUGCGAGCAAGGAUGGCAAAGGUGCGCGUUGCGCAAUACCACUGUCCAAACUUGUGAUCCCGAAGGUAAAUGGGUCCACGAAGAAUCUUGCGAGGGGAGAAGCCGAUGCGUCGGGAUUAGUGAGGGCCUCGCUUUUUGUCUCGACAAGAAGACCGCGGAGAACGAGGUGCGGAACUUCGGGAUCUAGCUCGCUAGAUCGGACUUCGGUUUGGGGUUUGGUGGGCUGUAACACUACUGGCUAGCUCGGGUUAGUGGGGAGGUGAUCGAUUGAUUGGACCCGGAGUUGAAGGGGUUGGGUUGGUGAUGGGUGGCUUUUGAAUUGUACUUUGUAGUAGUCGUAAUUGUAUCGUUAAUGAGUAU